AUGACCAACAGCCCGUUGAGCAUGGUCCUCCUCAAUCCAGAAGCAUCAGGACGGCUGAUCAAGUGGACCACGGAGCUCAGUGAGUUUGAUAUUCAAUAUCAGCCCCGUGCAGCCAUAAAGGCACAAUCUCUAGCAGACUUCGUCACCGAGGUGCAAGACCCCGAGCCCGAAGCCACCUGGAAGCUGUCUGUUCGACUGGACUACCGAGCAACCAACAAUGAGGCCGACUACGAGGCUCUCAUAGCCGGGCUGCAAGCCGCUCGGCACGUAGACGCCAUCAGAGUCCUGAUUCAUUCGGAUUCACAGUUAGCCACCCAACAACUCUCCGGAACAUUCGAGAUCAAUAGCGCUCGGCUCAAGCUCUACACCGAGACUUUCGAAAAGUUGAAAGUCAACUUCCAGGAGGUGGUCAUAAAGAAGGUUUCCCGAGCGGAGAAUCAAGCGGCGGACGAACUGGUGAAACUAGCCAGCUCCAUAUCGUCGACCGUCAUUCAGCAGUCGAUCGACCAAGUGUCCCUCGUGGCCCAUAUCGACCGGAUGGAAGGACUCAUCUUUCCCAGCGACUGGAGAACGGCGCUGAUAGAGUUUCUGCGAGCAGGAGCUAUGCCUUCUGAUCGGGAAGAGGCUCAACUGCUAAGAAGGCGAGCGGGCAGAUUCACAUUAAUCGGAUAUCAGCUAUACAAGAAAGCUUUCUCCCGACUGCUUCUCAGGUGUGUCAGGCAGGAAGACAUCGACUACAUACUGCAGGAGGUACACCAAGGCUCCUGUGGUGGACACCCGGGUGGUCGUUCGCUAGCAAGGAAGAUUUUGCUCGCUGGAUACUUUUGGCCUACCCUUCAGGAGAACGUCGCUUUGACCGUAUCCACUUGCAUGUCCUGCCAAAAGUAUCACAAUCUCUCACACCGCCUGACGGCGAAAAUGAAGACGUCCGCGGUAUCCUGCCCGUUCGACCAGUGGGGCCUAGACAUAGUGGGGCCCUUCCCCAUGGCAACCAGUCAACGGAAGUUUUUACUCGUAGUCGUUGAUUACUUCUCCAAGUGGACAACGGAAGACAGUUUGUCGGUCAGCAACUCAGAGAGUGGUGCGAAGGAUACGACAUCCAGCAGGCCUUCACCUCAGUGGCUUACCCCCAAAACAAUGGGCAAGUCGAAGUAG